AUGGAUUACCAGGCAACGCGCAGCGGCAUUUUUCGCAACCGCAAUGUUGCGCUUAUCAUUCUGUUUAACUUCCUCGAUGGUGCCUGCCUAAGUGUCUGGAGUGCGCAGCUUUUCCCAGUGCUCGUGAGCACUUUAGGUGGCGAUACUGCCGUCGGCUGGUGUGCCGCUGCUUCAGGCAUCGCCCAAAUUGUGGGUGCCACUGCCGCUGGCUACGCUGGCGAUCGGCUGCCGCGGCAAGAUGUCAUUCGCGUCGGUGCGUUUUGUGGUCUUGUUGCAGUCGCUGCGACGUUGGCGGCGGUGCAUCUGCUGACGAUGCCAGCCUUCUACAUUACUCAAGCCUUGUGGGGAGUAUACACGGGUCUGGUGCUAACGAGUGCAGAGGCGUUAUUCGCCGACAGUGUUGCCUCGGGACGCCGCGCGUUUAUUUACAACUUCAAGUGGAUUGUGCAGACGGUGUGCUACUGCGUCGGGUACCUGGUGGCGCUGGUGAUGCUGCUGGUGAUGGGCAACGAGUGGUCCAGAGAGAGCAUACAACUCGUCAUGACCGUAGGGCUGGGCGUCCAUCCAAUCGCCCACCUGCUGCUUUUCCUUUUAGGUGAUGAAUACGCGCUGCGCCAGAGCGUGCCUGUUGUGUUCGACGCGGCUGGGGGCGAGGAGCGUAAGAGCCAGCAAGCGAGGUCACUCCUCGCACACGUGUCGUCACCCUCAGUUGAAGAGGAGGAAGAAGAAGACAGUAUCACACAUUAUGAGCAGAAACCUUCUAUACAACGUAACGACCUUAACAGUUCUAGUGCAUGUGAGACGGACGCGAGUGGGGCGUGUCUAGACGCAAACGUCAACAUUCGUCCUUCCAACAGUGGCGGUGGUAGUUUUAAUGAAAGCCCUUCAGGUGCGGCCCGCUGUGGUGUGUUUGGCACCGUAUUUUCCUGGUUCUUUUCGUUGGGUGCAGUGCCGUAUUUAGUGUGUUUUACCGACUUCUGGAUGGCUGUUGGCUCCGGCAUGACGGUGCAGUACCUCACGCUCUUUCUUGUGAAUGACCUCGGCAUCGAGCCUGUGUGGCUGAUGGGCACCUACAUCGCCAUCUCCUGCGGUGCCGCGCUCUGCGCCACGGUUGUGCGGUACAUUGGGGAGCACUACGUUGGUCGCCUCCCCGCCGUGGUGGGGGUGCGCACUGUGGGGACCACCUUCUUGUUGCUGCUUGCCCUUGCGAAGGGUGAUAUGGCGCGACUGGGUGUUGUCGUGGUGCUCUUUUUCCUGCGCAAUGCGAUGAUGAACUCAACAAUGGGUAUCACCCGCAGCGUCAUCAUGGACUGCGUGCGGAAGGAGAGCCGCGCCAAGUGGUCUGCCUUUGAGAGUUUCUCAUCCUUUACGUGGGCGGGCAGUGCGGUGGUGGGCGGCUACAUCGCGGAGGCGAAAGGGUAUCAGUUCGCCUUCCUUGUUACGGCGAUUUUUCACUACGUCGGCAUCCUCGCACUCGUGCCAGCCGCUGUUGCCUCGCACAGUGUGGAGCAGCAAAUACGCGCGACAAAGCAAGAGAAGCGUGAUGUCCGGCAAUGUCUGGAAGUCUCCUGCAGCAGAAGUAGCGGAGGCAGCAGCACCAAUCCCAGUAUACUGUCGGAGGAGGAUCGUGCAGCAGCAAACAUGCAAGACAGUAUUAAUGUGAAUCCGAAAAAAAAUUGA